AAGGCGAACCUGGAGUUGAAGUGCGAUCGCAUCCGAGGGUGUAUUUUCUUCUUUGGGAGCACACAAACACAGUGAUAGUUCCAACAACAGAUCGAAACCCCAUCUAAGGGAGAAUCGAUUUGUUUGUUCCAAUUUGGAUCUGCGAGUGUGAAUUGCGCAAAGAUGGUUACGAAAACAGAAGAAACCCAAUUGAACAGGCUCGAAAGCCAGGUUGAUAAUGGCGGCGGAGGUGCUUGGGAGUACCUUUGUCUUGUCAGAAAGCUCAAGGUUCGCCGUUCAGAGAAAGUCCUCAAACAUGGCCUCUCCAUCUUGAACGACCCCAAACAACGAUCCACUCUCGGCCACGAUGAAUGGACUUUGUAUGAGCAGGUUGCAGUUGCUGCUAUGGAUUGCCAGUGUCUUGAUGUUGCCAAGGACUGUACAAAGGUUCUUCGGAAGAAAUUCCCAGAAAGCAAAAGAAUUGGCAGGCUGGAGGCUAUGUUGCUUGAAGCAAAAGGGUCCUGGGAAUUGGCAGAAAAAGCUUACACAAGCUUUUUGGAGGACAAUCCUCAUGAUCAAACCAUCCAUAAGAGAAGGGUUGCUAUGGCAAAGGCACAGGGCAACAUUUCUGUGGCUAUUGAAUUGCUUAAUAAAUAUCUGGAAAUAUUCAUGGCAGAUCAUGAUGCAUGGAGAGAACUAGCUGAAAUAUACGUCUCCUUGCAAAUGUAUAAACAAGCAGCAUUUUGCUACGAGGAGUUAAUGUUAUCUCAGCCUACUGUUCCACUCUACCACUUAGCCUAUGCUGAUGUCCUUUAUACACUUGGUGGACUAGAAAACCUCCAAACUGCGAAGAAAUACUAUGCAUCCACUAUUGACUUGACUGGAGGCAAGAAUACUAGAGCGCUCUUUGGUUUAUGCUUGUGCACCUCUGCUAUUGCACAGCUUACAAAAGGAAAGAGCAAGGAAGAGAAAGAAGGAUCUCAGUUACAAUCUCUAGCAGCCAAAGUAUUGGAGAAAGAUUACAAGCAGAGAGCUCCCGACAAGCUCCCUCAACUUACGACUGCCUUAAAGAGUUUAACGUUGACAUCGUGAUGCAGAAUUUCUCAAAGAUUGUUAUUUAGUCACGUUUUGACAUUUUCUUAGAUUGUUGCCAGCUUGAAUCAACAUAUUUAGAAAUCCUGAGUCAUUUUCUUCUCAAUAUUAAAAUGAAAAUUUAUAAAGUCCUACAUUUUACUUUCGGUAACGAACAUUUAUUUAGAGACAUGUCAGGUUUCAGAUGGCCCUGUGGAUCUAAAAAACUUUCAUAUAACUUUACUAGUGCAUUUAUGAUCGGGUAUAAUUUGCUUUUGAAAUAUUCUUGCUUUUAUUUUUUUCAUGGCAAUGCAAUUUAAGUUAAAAG